AUGCAGCCGCCGAAAUCCGGCUCCACGCUCCGGAAGUACUUGAAAGAAGAUGCUGAUGUUGUGCGGGACCAGAUGAGAGCCAUACUCAAAGGCAUCAUAGAGGGAGGUUACAAACUCGCUAUGUCUUUCGAUGAAGCGACUGUGGUCGGAACAGAUCGGUACAUCACAGUCAAUGUACACCAUCAUGCCGUAUUGUUGGGAAAUUCGAAGAUACUCCCUCUAGGUUUGAUAAGGAUCGAUGAUCGACAAACCGGUUCGAAUCUCUGCGAUUUGAUAAGCGGCCGACUCCGCGGAGUGGGUCUAUCGACGGAAGAUUUUGCCGCAGCAUCGACAGAUGGAGCAAGUAACGUUCGGAGAGCUCUCGAUCUCAUGUUGAUCAAGCAGCAGAAGUGCUUUGCGCACGGGUUGGAUUUGGUUGUGCGGAAAACUAUAUACGGACGUAACGCUCUAGCUUUCGAUAUCGACAUCCUGCUUGCGGAUCGGGGAGACGACGUCCCGGAAGAAACAGAGAACGGGGUGUCAGAUGAUACGUUUAGAGAUAGUCUGGACGAGACAGAGGUAGACGCGGAUCUUGGCACUACAGCCGUCUGUCUCGGUGCAGUCAUAGAUAGAUUACGGAGCGCUUGUCGCGAAUUCAAGAGAAAACCGAUAAUGAUGGACGAGAUACGGAAAACAACGCGGAAGGAGGAGUUCAAUGGUAGAGAACUCCGUCCGAUACUCGAUUGCCGUACCAGGUGGUACUCCACCUGUCUGAUGAUAGAGAGAGCAUUACGAAUCUUACCCGCACUCAAUAAUGUGCUCUCUCGACAUGGGACCCCCAUAAGCGCAACGGAUGUGUCCGCUUUGGAGCAAAUCGCCGACGCUCUAAUACCAUUCAAACGAGCGAUUCUGAUGUUGUGUAAAAAAGAGGCGACGCUCUUGACUGCGGACAAGCUCUGCAUUCUGCUGCUGUCAGACCUGCGCAAAAUCGAUACGGAGCUUGCGACGUUGCUUCGCGAGAACUUCGUCGCGGAAAUUCUCAAGCGGCGGAGCAUUUUCUCGAGCGUUCUCUCGAUUUUAAGUGAUCCAAGCUGUAGUUUCGACUUGGAAAAAGAAAUUGGUCAAGGGAUUCCUAGCGAUCUGGCCAUUAUAGAAGUCUUGGAGGAGAUCCUUCCCAGUCGGUCCAGUGCCCCCCUGCGUCAUUCUGUGGUAGAAGAGCCUGAGGAAUUGGUUCUGACGUGGCAGACCGUGUAUGCCGAACCAACAGCUUCAAGUUCACCUCGAAGUUCACCUCCCCUCUGCACUAAAGGGACUCUUGAGAGGGACUUGACACUUUUCAAGGCUGGUGGGGGACGGAGCCAAGCUUUAACAUUGUGCAAAGAAAUAUUGGAAGCAAUUCCUCCGACGUCGGUUCAACCAGAAAGGGACUUCAGCGUGCUCCGCUUGAUGUUGGGAGAGAACAGGACAAGCUUUAGCCCCGAAACACUCGAUGACAUAUUCAUACUGAAAAAAAAGUUUCAAUACGACGACUGA